ACUUGAGUUGCGUCACGAAUGUGUUAACAAUUUAAUGGAACAGGCGACAAAGAUCGUCCAACAACGCUGAUCGUCCAACAACGCAGUCAUCACUUCAAAUCGGAGUCUGAUCCUUGGGGUUUAAGUACCCCAGCAAUUAUGGUUUUACAAAUCACCUUCGUCAUCCUCAUGGCUUCCAUUUCUUCCACACUUGGUUGCCCUUAUCAGACUGAUGUCGUUUUUCUCUUGGAUGGAUCUGAAAGUGUUUCAGAAUCAGCAUUUCUUCAACAGAAAGCUUUUGUGGUGGUAAAUACUGCCACACUGCAAAUGACUGCUCCAUCUUUCAGACAUCUUCAUGUUGGAGUUGAAGUGUUCAGUUCAGAUGUAAGCGUCAUAACCGAACUGGACAAACCAGCAGAUCCUGACACUUUUAGUAACUUUGUCCUUGCUGCUGCUCAACCCCGUGAUGGAACUCGCACCAACAUAGCUCUUAAGACAUUGAGAUAUAUGUUCUCUCAACAAUCACGACAAAAUACUUUGUUAAAAGCUGUCUUAAUCACUGAUGGAUACUCCAAAAAUAUAGCUAAAACAAUAGAGGAAGCCCGAAUGGCUAGGAAUAUAGGUGUUGAUUUCAUAUUUGUUGGCAUCGGCAGUUCGAUCAGAUUUGAGGAAGUGGCAGCUCUAGUAGAUGACAAAAGUAAAGUUUUUCUCCUUAACACUUUUGAUGAACUUGCCAGUGUCAGUGAUGAAGUGAGGAAUGCUAUAUGUUCAGGAACACCAGUUUCGUGGCAUAGCAAGAGAAAGAACAGUGAAAGGAGCACUUUGAUGACUAGUCCAAUCUUUGUGCCAGAUGCUAUUGCUUCAACUUCCUUUACACCAACAUUCACGAAAAUGGAUUCAGUCACAACUUCUUCCGUAUCAAGCUUUCUUCAAACCGUCGUGACACAACCCGCCUUGAUAGGAACCUCAAAUGUGAUCAGUAGCACAGUAUCACUCUCUCCAUCUGAUCCUUCAACUGUUAUAUCCACUGUUGCCUCACCAACCACUAAAUCGUCUACCUCUCAUGCAACCAAUACUGCAAGAAGUUCAUCUUCAUUGUUUACAUCAAUCAUCAACAGUACAACCAAUGAACAAACUGCAUCAGAAUCAACUUUAACACAAUCAAUAAAUCCAACGCCAUCAAUAGCAACUUCAUCACCAUCAACAACAACUUCAACACCAUCAACAACAACUUCAACACCAUCAACAACUUCAACACCAUCAACAACAACUUCAUCACCACCAACAACUAGUACUUCUACAUCACCUCCAACAACUUUUAUGACAUCGACAACGACAAGGCAAUUAGUGCAACAAGACCAUUUCACUCUCAUCCCUCUUGGUUUGCUAGCAGGUUUAGGUGGGAGUGAGACACUAUUGGACUUACUAAGAGGUUCUAAUCAUGAUAUAUCGCAUGAUAAUUCAUUUGGAAUGAAAAUUCCAUUGCCCCUUUUCAUUGCUAAAACACCAUCACAAAUGAGUACACCUUUAGCAUUAAAUCGAACAUUGCCUCCUUUCUAUUCACAUCGUAAUACCACGUCUCCGGCUGAAUAUACAUCUCCUACCAGCAAAACGCCCCUUGUAAAGCCUUUCAUAACAAUGAAACAAUCCCUUGGUAUCAAGACUUCAGCUGCACCUAUCACUUCUAAGAACACAACUACAAAUUUACCUUCAAGCAGAGGUAUAACUGAUAUGACCCAGACCAGUUCAUCUAUAACAAAAGUAAGUACGAAACACAAAGUUACAAGAUUCACAACAGGAAACCCAGCUUCAAAUAUUACCAGUACAGCGUCACCUACGAAUAUUUCGUUGAAACCCACUGCAGAGAUGUCUAGUUCGGCUUCUACAAUAUCACCUGCAUCUACUACCAGCCAACCAUCUUUCACAACAGAUUCAUUAUCUACCAUGAUGGAAAAACCAAUAAGGAACGAAGGAAGAAACGGCCAAAUAUAUUUUGAAACCACAAACAUAUAUAUACAUCCCGAGUGCCUACGAGUGUCCCCGGAUCCAGAGGAUCCCACACAAUACUUUGAGAAGGUUGGAACCCUAACUCACCGGCGCAGAUGUGCCAGAGGGGUUGCAUUUGAUCCAAUCACUUGCACAUGUGCUUUAAAGUUCAUAGUCGGAUUUACACAAUGCCGUCCAGAUCUAGUUCUAACUUUCUCACAUGGAAUCAAAGAUGAAUCUGGGAGCAACACGUUUGUUUUGAAGAAGAAGAAUGUUCAGAUAAUUGAAAAUGAAGCUAGAUUCUUUGCCGAAGGUUCCCUUGAAACAUGGCGUUUUAAUAAUGCAAUUCAGGAGAGUCUGACCAUACGAUUUCGAUUCUUUCCUUGGAUUCACUGGAGCAAAGAAAAGAUGCGGCGAGCAGUGAUAGGCAACUGGGAUGCUUUCAACAAAAAGUCAUACAGUAUUGAAGUUGACGAAAUAAAACAUCAUGUUGUUUUUUCCGUUUACACCUCUCAUGGCUUCAGCAUUAUCAGGAUUCCUUACACAUCAUCUAGGUGGAAUAGCGUUCAGAUGGUGUAUGAUAAUAAACAACUUUAUUGUCAAGUGAACGACCUGACGGAGCAAAAGCCACUGACUGGAAGUAUACAAACAUCCAACGAGCCUAUGGUUAUUGGAUCUUGUGACAGCACUUUAGUAGCUUCGUAUUAUGGUGUGAUGGAUGAUAUAUAUGUGUACAUGUGCGCUGUGCCCAAAACAGGAACAUAACCACCAGAAUGCACAGAAGGAAAAUAAUGAAGUCACCAAGACAAUCUUGAUAACGUAACUUAGACUGACCCAAUAUCAAAAUAGAUGAACUUAAAUUCGCAAAAUAUAUCACUGUCAUGAUUUAAACAAAAUCGCAGUUGUUUCUAUAUUAAAAUGUCUAGUAUAA